AUGUUUAGGCAGAAAGUGAAAGUAGCAUGGGUAGAAAAUGACAGGACUAUCAUGUUCCAAAAGAGGAAAAGAAGGUUACUGAAGAAAGUGAGAGAGCUGACCACCUUGUGCGGUGUCAAUGCUGUCGUCAUUUUCCGUGGUCCGCACGACAACAAGCCGACAGUGUGGCAUUCCGGUCAAGUGACGGAAGAAUUGCUCACCAGUGUUCAGAAGAUGGAAGAGAUCACUGACCUUGAGGAAGAAAAAACUAAACUUGAAGAGAAGUGA